AUGACCAAUUCCACAGUAUCAGAAGAGGGUAUCUUCAUUGGAGCUAAUAGACAAGCCAAUGUAGCAGACUACACAAACAACCUAGUUGCUUUUGGCGCUGGUUCCACUGUGGCUUUGUGGAACCCAUUCAGCUCGAACAAGAAGGGUGUCUUCCAUACUUUGAGAAAACAUACUGCCGAGGUCACUUGUGUGAAAUUUGUACCUGAUUCCGAUCUUCUCUUGUCAGCUGGUGAAGACGGUCAGAUCAAUAUUUGGAAACAAAAUGGUAAUGCUUACGACGUCGUCAGUUCUUUAAAUGAAGAGGGUGCAUCUAUUACUUGCACGAGUGUCCAUGGUGAGUUCUUUGUUACAGGAAACUCUCUAGGGAAAGUGAACAUAUACAAGCUUAAUGGCGGCAAUGUUUCGUUGCACGAGGAGCUUACGGUGAAGUUCAACUUCUACCCCUUGACAUUAUGUGUGCACAAAAUCGGUUCUGGUUACCUUCUCCUAGUAGGUGGAACAAAUAGCUCACUCUUCGCUUACACAUUCAGCAGCACUGAUAAGGCUGAAUUGGUGGCUACUAUGACUGGUCAUGAGGACUGGAUCAAAGCUCUCGCUAUUGUGAAGGAUGGAGAAGAUUACCUUUUAGCAUCAGGCUCUCAGGACAGAUACAUUCGUCUUUGGAGACUUAAAUUCAACGAGAACAUUGAUAAUUCUGACGAGGAUGUGAGAAAACUCACACUUCUUUCCAACAGACAGUACAAAUUUUUCAUUGGUGAGGACAAGUGUGCUUUUAGCUUCGAUGCGUUGAUCAUGGGCCACGAUGAUUGGGUAAGUGGUUUGCAAUGGCAUCCACAUUCUGAAAGGCUUCAACUUCUUUCCCUGACUGCCGACACAGCUUUAAUGAUAUGGGAAAUGGAUUCUGAAUCAGGUAUUUGGGUUUGUCUGAGUCGACUUGGUGAAAUGUCCAUCAAGGGUGCUUCUACAGCGACAGGAUCGUCUGGUGGAUUUUGGUCUUGUCUUUGGGUUACCAACGAGCUGAAUACCGAACAGCUCAUCCUUGCAAACGGUAAAACGGGCGCAAUUAGAGCAUAUAAACUGACAGACGAGGAGAACAAGAUUUGGAACUCGGUCCUAGGUCUCUCUGGGCCAAUUAAGGAGGUCAACGAUACCGUUUGGUCGAAGGAUGGAACCUACUGUUUUACCACAUCGCUAGAUCAAACUACCAGAUUAUUGGCCCCGUGGGUAAAGGGGAGACCCGCUGAUAGUCAACAUGACAAGACUUGGCAUGAGUUUGCCAGACCUCAGAUUCAUGGUUACGAUAUGAUCUGCCUCGACAACAUCAAUGCUUUCAAGUUUGUGUCUGGUGGAGACGAAAAAGUCUUGAGAGUUUUUGAAAUGACCCAGUCUAUCAACGAUGUAUUGCAUAAGUUCUGUGACAUCAAGUUGCAGGCAAAUGAAUCAGACGCCUUACCUGAAGCAGCAGCGUUGCCAGUAUUAGGUUUAUCCAACAAAGCAGCGAAUGAGCAGCUUGAGGCUGGAGAGGCUCAACAAAGGGAGGAAGAUUUCGAGGAAAACCAAGAUGGACAAGCCGCCAAAGUUGAUCCACUUGCGAACCUAGAGGGUCCACCUCUUGAAGACCAUCUACAAAGACACACAUUGUUCCCCGAAAUCGAGAAACUCUAUGGUCAUGGAUACGAAACAACGUGCUGUGCCACCUCACCCUCGGGAAAUCUCAUAGCGUCAGCAUGUCGUUCGAACAAUAUCAAGCAUUCUGUCAUCAGAGUGUUCAAUGUUGGAAAAGACUUCCAGCUACAGGAGGAGCCUUUGAAGGGCCACAACUUGACAAUUACGAGUUUGGAGUUUUCUCCAGACGGACAAUACUUGGUGGCCGUCUCUCGUGACAGACAGCUCUCUUUAUGGAGGGUUGUCGAUGAGGAGAAUGCCAGAAUAGAAUUGGUUCAGCUCAACGAGAAGGCACAUUCACGUAUUGUGUGGGACUGCUCGUGGGCGCCAACAACCGCUUCCGGAUCAUUCUUUGUCACUGGUUCCAGAGACAGAAGCAUCAAAUUAUGGAAAGUAACCGAAUCCGGGGCUUCCAUGUUAGCAUCACUCAAGACUGGCGAGCCAGUCACCUCCAUUGCAUGUUUCCAACAAAGUCUUAUCCACGAUCGUCUCAUCAUAGCUGUUGGUCAGGAAAGCGGAAAAAUCAGCAUCUACUCAACACUGCUUGAAGAGAAUCCUACACUUGUGCAAAGCAUUGUCUUCGACGACGCUAUCUUACCUGCUUCUAAGGUGUGCAAGCUCAGUUUCAGUAACAAAAUAUCUGACAACAAGCUUCUAUUGGCCGUUGGAAGCAGCGAUACGUCUGCUCGUAUUUACGGCAUUUCGACGGAUGCUUUAAACUAA